AUGCUUCGCCGCGCAGCUCCAGCCGGUGGCAUUAUCGCACGUUGGGGUCUCUCGAACUGCAACGUAUCAAUACGCCACGGCCGUCACGGCCUAACGAGACACGAUUUCAGCAACGUCUUUUCCCGAUCGCUUACUGAAGAGGAAAUGAAAGCACUCCAACAGCAGCAGGAAUACCGGCCCGUCUCUGCUGUCGUCCCCGGGAAGUUGUUCAUGCGGCACUGGAUAGCUGGAGAACAGGCGACGGAAUCGGUUGUGGAUCGUGUGAUAUCGGGGUUUGUUUUUGUCUGCUUCAUGUUAUGGGGAUGUGGGUUCGCUACGCUUGGAUUCAAUGGAAACAGCUGCGCUCACACGGCAGUGUUGGUGUUUAUUGCUUAUUGGCUCUAUCUACAAACUCAUUGCAGGUUGCUAAUAUCGGCACUAGCCACGCUUGCUGUCCUGCAUUUGAUAGUGAAUUAG